AUGUCGCAGUACAACUCGAUGCCUUCGCCAGGGCCCUAUGUCCCUCCAACCCAUGGUGCUCCAGGACAGCAAGGCCUCCAGCAACCCGCCAGCUACCAGCCCAAUAGCACGAGCUAUGGAGCACAACAUCAAUCUCAGAAGGGAGGUGGCACAUUCGGUCAGAUGAUGAAUCAGCGGCUUGAGCAGGCGGUGACGACAGGAAAGCCAAUGUUGAACAAGCUGGGCAAGACUAUAAGCUCAAAGCUAGGGAACAAGCCUGCAGCAGGCCCACCCCAGCAUCUUCAGAGCUAUCAGAGCUAUCAAAGUCACCACGGACAGCAGAAUCAAACCCAGUCGUACCAGCAACCUCAGGGUCAAGCUUUCAGUCCUCAAUCGCAACCGCCGCAGUGGGGACAACCGCAACAUCAACCCCCACCUCAAGCGCCGAAUGUCUACCCUUCUGCGCAGCAGUCUCCGUACCAGCAAUCCAACUACCCUACACCCGCUCCAGGCCACUCGGGGCAAAACAACUAUUUUCCGCAGCAGACGAACCAAGCGCCCAGUCCCCAACCCCAUGCGCCACAAUCCCCGCUCACUGCGAACGGGCAUACUUCGUGGCAAUACGGUCAAAACGGAGGGACAACGGAGCAGACGCAGGUACAGGGAUGUGUUGGGCAGGGACAUGUCUCGCCAGGACAGCCUCAGGCGCCUGGCCUGCCACAGGUACAAGGACAAAGCCAAUAUGCUGGACAGCAGAUGGGUGUGGUUGGAGGCUCGUAUACACCACCUCCUCAUACUUCGAACAUAUCUCCAGAGAUACCCGCUCAGCCUGCGAAGCCACAAUGGGAACAGUCAGGUACUGGACAGCUGCCUCUAGGUGGUAAUGGUCCGCAGCCUCCAGGUGGUAAUGGACAGCAGCAAUCCCAGCAUUGGAACAUGACACCUCCGGCUGGCUCACACAGCCAAGGACAAUUACAGACGCUACGCCACUCUGUCAGUCCUCCACCAGCACAGCAGAUGUAUGGACCACCUCAAGUACUAUCAGAUAAACCCGUACAUACAAGUCAGCCGCCAACCCCCGCGUCGCAGCAUUCGGCGCCCUGCUCUGCGCCAACUGAAUUCAUUGCAGAGCUCCCUGGUGAUCUAGGACAACUGAGUCUUGUAGAAUCGAAACCCCAGGAUGCCGAGCCCUCUGUUUCUGGUUCGCAAUAUCAGGCCUUCCACCCUUCGCUGUCGCAGACUGGAUCACCGUCUCCUGGUUUUACUAUACCUCGUCGAUCUCUUAGUGCCAGCACAGUUCCACUCGCUGAUCCAUGGAGGUUUGCAGAUCCGGCAACGGAAGUUCCAACACGCGAGUUCUAUAUUCUGGCUGACUUGCUUUUCGAUGCUUUGGAUCGGAAGUUUGAGCCUAGAAACACGGGCCUCUUGGAAGCACCAAAGAUCAUCGGGAGCUGGGUAAAAUUGACAGACGACGCGUGUCGUCUUUUUUCAUACAGAUCCUAUAGCGCGUUUGCAAAGUUGUGGAGUCUCGAAGGAAUUCCACACAUGAUGGUGCCCUGCCAACGCAAUCUGUUACCAAACUGGAACUUCAACCAACACUCGCACGCGCAAGACGUAAAAGUAAUCCUGAACGUACCAACGCCAAUGACCACUUACGCGACGUACAUGCCGGCUCUGAACCGGGCAGGAUGGUACAAGUUCUUCUUUCUAGAGAUGAUGCAUGCACCAGAGGAUAUCGGCGAUUUGUUAACAGCAUUAUGCGCAGACACGUACAAGCCGGGGGUGCUGAACCACCCCGAUCUUGACAAGCGGGACAAAACAGAUGUCCCUGCACUGAGAGCUAGAGCCGCGGAGGUACAGACAUAUGCGAUCGGGCGUGUUUGUGAGGAGACCAAGAUUGCGAUGGUGGUCGACCCCGAUGUUCCUCUGGCGCACACACACCCCGCUGCACCCACGUCGGGAUCUGCCCAAACGUCAUCAGAAGACAUGGCCGUGAGAAUGCACAGGAUCCAGGCAGAGCGACAGACGAAUGACAUGGCCGCUUGGACAAUGCUGGGUUUGCAGCCGAGAGGCUAUCCGGGAGGAGGUUAUGGUAGUCUGGUGUAG